ACUGAAAUCCAAUAGGACGCUCCUCAAUUCUGUUUCGUCUAGAACGACGCCCGCAGACCGCCCCGCUUUCUUCGCUCUCUCGACUGCUCCUCCGCCACCGGAUCUCCGCCCGCCGGUCGUCCUCCGCCCCCUGUACGCCCUCGACCGCGCGAGCCUGUCCCGUCCCGCCCUAUCUUCCGCGCGGCCCCGUCCCGGCCCCGCCUUCUCCUCGCCGCGCCGCCGUCCGCGAUCGCCGGGGUGAUGAACAAGCGACCCCGCGACGAGCCCUCCUCCUCCCUCGCCUCCGCCCAAAAGCGCCAGUUCGGCGCAGGCGGCGGCGGCGGCGGCUACGGGGGACAACAAGGGUACUCGGAGGAGCGGAACAGCGCGCGGCGGGUGGCGGACCACUACAGCGCCCGAUCGAAUCAGACGCUCGAGGAGCGCGAGAACAGCCCCAUCAUCCACCUCAAGAAGCUCAACAACUGGAUAAAGAGCGUCCUGGUCCAGCUGUAUGCGCGUCCAGGAGACUGCGUUCUAGAUCUUGCCUGUGGCAAGGGAGGGGAUUUGAUAAAGUGGGAUAAGGCCAGGGUUGGCUAUUAUGUAGGCGUUGAUAUUGCAGAAGGCUCGAUAAAAGAUUGUAUGACCCGUUAUAACGGUGAUACUGAUCAACAGCGAAGGAAGAAGUUCAGCUUUCCUGCACGGCUUAUUUGUGCUGAUUGUUACGAGACUCGUCUGGAUGAGUAUCUAUGUGAGGAUGCUCCAUUUGACAUAUGCAGCUGCCAGUUUGCAAUGCACUACUCAUGGUCAACUGAAGCACGUGCAAGACAAGCCCUUGCUAAUAUAUCUGCAUUGCUUCGUCCUGGAGGCACUUUCAUUGGAACGAUGCCUGAUGCUAAUGUCAUUAUUAAAAGGCUAAGAGAAACUGACGAGAUGGAGUUUGGAAACAGUGUUUACUGGAUUACCUUUGGUGAAGAGUACAACGAAAAGAAAUUCCCCGCAUCCAGGCCUUUUGGUAUCAAGUACAAGUUUCAUUUAGAGGACGCAGUUGAUUGCCCGGAGUGGGUUGUUCCAUUCCAUCUCUUCAAACUACUGGCAGAGGAGUAUGAUUUAGAGCUGGUUCUAAUGAAGAACUUCCACGAAUUUGUACAUGAGUACCUGCAAAAGCCUGAAUUUGCUGAUCUCAUGCGAAGGCUGGGUGCUCUUGGUGAUGGACGAUCGGUCCAAAGCACACUAUCGCAGGAUGAGUGGGAAGUGUCCUAUCUCUACCUCGCAUUUGUUCUGCGUAAGCGAGGCCCUCCACCCUCCCAGCGGAGAGCCAACAAUGCUAACAGAGGGAAGACGUUCCUUGCUGAGGAGGACAUCGAGUUUCUUAGCAUAUAAAGCAGAAUUUGCCCUCCUGGAGCUUACUAACAAGUUAUAGAUUCUACGCGUCACAUUGCGUAAAAGAAAGUUGUAUCUUUAGUGGCUCACCUGUGGUCUCUCCUAGGCGUAUCUGUUAUGUAACUUACCAGGUGUAAUGUAUAAACAGCAUGGGCUAGAUACUCGUUAUGUAAUUUUGCAGGGAUGAAUAAAUAUUUAGGUGUCAAUACUUCACGCAAAGCACUGAAGUUUUAUAUGAAACGUGGAAACAUCUGUUCACUCAUUUUAA